UCGAAGUUAUUCCUCAUUAAAACAUAAUCAUUCUGAAUAGCAAGAAUAAGGCAAAGAAAGAACAUCCCUUAUCGCCAAAGUCGAAGGGUUUUUAACUUAUAUUUCUAAUUUAUACAAAUUAAAUAUCAGUAUGUCAGGUGAAGUAGCAAAAUUGGCCAAACCAAAUUUACGUGGUUUAUUAAAUAAACAAAUUGGGGUUAAUCUAGGUGUAACUCUUGGUUUAGUAGUUGUAAUUUGUACAGCAAUGAAACUUUCAGUAAAUGAUGCAAGGAAAAAGAAAUACGCUGAAUAUUACAGAAACCUUGAUAACAACGAUUUGUUCAAUAAAAUGAGAGCUGCAGGUGUAUUCAGUGCUGUUCCAAAACAAUAAAUGCAUUUCUUGAAUUAAAAAUUAAAAUGAUUAUUAGACAAUUUAACUAGAUGUUAACAUUAUUGUAUAUUUAAAUAAUUUAAAAAUAAAAAUUAAUUAAAAAAAAUUA